CGACGACACGACCCAGACGAUAUCCACCACAAUGGGGCCCAAGGCGGCAGCAGCAAAGGUCUGCGAGGUGUGCGAGGUGCAGACAUCAAAGUAUCGGUGCUCGGCAUGUCCAGUGAGGUAUUGCUCAGUCGCGUGUUACAAGACGCACAAGGACGGUGCAUGUGUGGCGACUUCAGCAGGAGCAUCAGCCCCAGCACCUUCCCUCGAGCCCGACUCUACCGCCUCCACCUCGCAAGCAGCCGACCCCACAGCCGAGGCCGCAACCGCCCCAGCCCCAGCACCAGAAGCAGCACCACCUGCCCCCCUCCGCCCCCUCACCUCCCUCAAGUGGCCACCAGAGCCCGACGAGUCGAUCUUCACGGACCCGCUGAAGCGCGAUGACCCCAAGCCGCUGCGGCAGGCCGAGCUGGAGCGCAUCGCCACGUCGGCACCGCUGCGCGAGCUCCUCGCCGAGCCUGCGCUGAUCAAGGUCCUCUCUGCGCUCGACACCCUCCCGACCUUGAAGGCGCGGCACGCGGCACUGGCGCGCGUGCUCGGUGUCGACGGCGAGAGCUUGGCACGACCGGCUGCGCGCGCACUCCUGAGCCGCGACUCGCCGCCGCCACUGGGCGACCUCAUCGCUGGCGUCGGAGGAGCGGCUAGUCAGGGCGACGACUGGGGAGCCGACGGCUGGUGGCUCGGGGAUGGGGAGCGUGUGUGGGUCGGCCCCGAAGAGCGCCGCCUCAUGCGUCUCUGGGCCGGAGUCGUCGUCGGCGCGAUCGACGAAGGCGAGGGCGCAUGGGGCUCUGGCGGACUCGAGUGGGAAGUGUAA